CCUCCCCCUUUCCUAUUCUCCCUUACAUUAUUACUCUACUAUAUAAUCUUGAUAAAUCUUAACCAUACUCCACCCAUUAAAAUAACACCUUAAAUCUAAUUCAACACUCCCCAAAUAGCAAGUGAAGUGAGUGUAUCUCUUCACAGUUCUAUUUUCUUCUCACAGGCAUUUUAACAAACAUGUCACCGCUACAAAGCUUGCUUCUAUUUCUCUCCAUACUCGUGCUCUUUUCACUUGCAGUAUGUGAACAAAAUGGAGAUUUUCAAACCCUAAACACAAAAUUCAAUCCAAGAAUCCCACUCCCACCACUCAGAACCCUAUCUUCAUCAAAACGUUUUGAAGGAUCUUCCGAUCUAGUUAAACUCAAGUACCACAUGGGACCAGUUCUCUCUUCUCCGAUCAACAUAUACCUAAUCUGGUACGGUAAUUGGGCUAGACCUCACAAACAGCUCAUUAAAGACUUUCUUCUUUCAAUCUCCGACACCACCGCACCUCACCCCUCUGUUUCCGACUGGUGGCGCACCGUUUCGCUUUACACGGACCAAACCGGAGCAAAUAUCUCCAGCUCAGUCUCCAUCGCCGGAGAAUACGCCGACCGACGCUACUCCAACGGGAAGCAUCUCACGCGAUUGUCAAUCCAGGACGUGAUCGCAACGGCGGUUCGAUCCAAGCCUUUUCCGGUGGAUCACCGGAAAGGAAUCUACCUAGUGUUAACGGCGGAGGAUGUUACAAUGGACGAAUACUGCCGCGCGGUGUGUGGUUUCCACUACUUCACCUUUCCAUCCAAAGUAGGUUACACGCUACCCUACGCUUGGGUAGGAAACUCCGGAACACAGUGUCCCGAAGUUUGCGCGUAUCCAUUCGCCGUACCAGAGUACAUGGCAGGAGGUGGACCGGGGAAACUCUCACCGCCAAACGGCAACGUCGGAGUUGACGGAAUGGUGAGCGUGAUCGCUCACGAACUAGCGGAACUCUCAUCGAAUCCGUUGGUGAACGCGUGGUACGCCGGUGAGGAUCCAACGGCACCGACGGAGAUCGGCGAUUUAUGUGAAGGUUUGUACGGUACCGGCGGUGGUGGCGGUUACAUUGGGGAAGUGAUGAAGGAUAAAGUUGGAAGAACGUUUAAUCUUAAUGGGCUUAGGAAUAGAAAGUUUUUGGUCCAAUGGGUUUGGAGCCCUAUUUUGAAUGCGUGUGCGGGUCCCAAUGCUAUUGAUUUGAAUUGAGUUGAAACUUAAACUAUUCAUUCUUUCACGUCAUACCCUACCUUUCUAGUCCUUCCUUAUGGUUUUCUACUAGCUACCUGCCACUACUCUAUCAUGUAUAGUACCCUAUGUAACUUUUUUUUUGUAAUUUUAUUUUCUCUACUUGAGGAUAAUCAUAGUAAUAUUUUUAGAACU